AUGACUGCGCUGAACCCUCCCCACAUUCUCAUCGCCCGUAAUUCGCGAGGCCAAGGUGGUGCCAAUCCUUCUGCGUCCCUCUCCUCGCCCGCAGAGACGCAUGCUGCCGCUGCGGGCAUCUUGGGCUCCGCCGGCUCCCCACCGCGCUACCUCGAAGAGGAAUCCGACGAAAUGCUGUCCGCCCUGAGCCUCGACAGCGACUUCGAGAUAGAUCCCACGUUUACCGAAACGAACCCCUUUCCCGGAACCAUCAAGAUUAUCGUCGAAUCUAUUGCGUUCUGGGCGCACAAGGAAGUCCUUUACUUUGCUUCGUCAUUCUUCCAGGCUGCACUUAGCGGCGCGUGGGCGGAGACGGGCAGGCCGCAGUCUGUGUCUUCCGUCAUCACGAUCUCCCAGCAGCCCACCGUUCGCGGUGGCCCGUCCAAACUAGAAGCAUCGCCUCAAAUGACAUUUGCGCGCGCCGAAUCAGACAUGGACGUUGAAGAUGUCUGCAUUGACUCCGAUCUCGACACGUUCGAGGAUGGCCCGGUUGGUAGAGAAAAUGCAAGGGAGACCAGUCUGACUAAGUUAGAGGGUGCGAGUGCGCCCUCGUCGAAUGAAACGUCUCCGGUGAGGAGCAAGGGAAAACAAAAGUAUGCGGUAUCUCGGAGUCAGGCGAAGCACCAUAGAAAGAAGAAAAGGCCUGACGCUGUAAUCUUGCUGAAAGAGGAGAGGGCGAGCACUUUUCACGACUUCCUCAAAUAUGUCUAUCCACAUCUCGCCUGCACGAUAACAUGGAAUAAUGUGGAGGGGCUGCUCAAUAUCGCACACAGGUUACAUGUGUCUGCGCUCGAGGAAGAGUGCCUCACGUUUUUGAUCACACAUGCCGCUGGGCGCCCGCUCAAGGCCAUGAGUAUCGCUGAGCUGUUUGAAAGAGAAGACCUCUACUGCGAAGCUAGCCGCUUUGUGCUCGAUAACCCGGAAGGUUGGUCAGAGCAGGAGCUCAAUUCGCUCAGCAAAGAGACCCUGCUGAAACUUGAGAAACGUCGUACCUGGUUCCUAGAGCGUGUACUCAAGCUCGGGCUGGUACAGGUCGCGAAGGAAUACCAAUGCUGCGCUACGUGCCCUGACCCGCCCACUUGUGCCCGGCUGCUCGAGGAGAAGUGGCAGCAAGCGUACCGUGCGGUAAACCGUUUCGGCCCUUGCCAGCCAUCCAUGGUUUUUCGCUACCUACGCACGUUGGAGGGCAUCAGCCCGCCACUAUCGCUGACCCACCUGAGCUGCCAAACGACUGCAAAAGCGUUUAUCGCAACAUUAUUUGACAGGAUGUUUUCACUUGGUCUUCGCGGAAGUGGGACGGACAUUGUGCCCUUAGGUACUCUAGGUACCCGGGUGGCUGCAGUAUCUACUGGCCCGAGGCGCCAUUUUCUCUUCUGCACUCUCAAGAACGAGCAGCCUCCACGCGGGAAGCGUUCGCGGGAGUUAGUUUAA